UCUGGGUUGCCGCCCACUCUUCCCUCUGGUUGUGCAGCAGUUUGUGCACAGUUGUUGCCUUUAAGCAGCUCUGGAAAGACUUUGAGCGGUUAGAAGAUGGCAUCCCAGCAGCUCUAUUUGAGGUUAAUUGGACUGGCUAUAUUGCUGACAGUGUUGGCUCUUAGAGACGUAUCCAGUGACAGCAGCUUGCACAAGAUCUUAAGGAAAAGAGAGGUGGCAGGAGUUGGUACUGCCCCCUCAAAGUCCUCUGUUGCCCUCCCUUCUUCCAAGGCUCAAGAGUUCCUAGCAAAACUUAGCAGAACCAAGAGGAACAUUUGGGAUCGCAGUAGACCAGAUGUACAGCAGUGGAUUAUGCAGUUUAUGUACAUGGGAUAUGACGAGCAGAGGCUUGAGACUGACCUGUCAUAUUGGAUGGACCAAGCUCGCUCCAGUGACCAAGGACGUCAGCACCACUAUGAUGAAAAUGCCCCUAUUGGCCCGCGUGACCCUAGUUCUUACAGACACGGAGCUAAUGUCAACUAUGACUACUACUAACUCCAGUCACAAACACACUCACAAACAAAGGCCAUUGCAUUGUAAGUCCCCUGCCUUCUCUUUGAGAGAACACAGCCUGUGAUAGUUACAUUAUUACACCUACAAUGAAGCUGUCAACAUUCAAGUACUCCACAGCUGCUCUGGCUUCUUUGUUUUGAUUAGUUACACCCACUAGUAUAACCCACUCUCAACUCUUUUUCUCCAUCCCCACAUAUUAAUAAAAUGGAAAUAACACGCAGAAUUGUUUUCUUGCUCUGUCGCCUUUGCUCUACAAGUAAAGUUUUGAGGCAGCUGAUUUGUAUAAAUUACUGUUCAAAUCUGA